UCAGACGUGUUGGAAGUUUGACGUGUUCCUGCGAUGUAAACAGUUCUACAAUUUAAACCGAUAUCGCUUUAACAAUGGCACUGCCGGGCAGCGGAAUGUUCGUUGUCAAAGGCGAAAUUUCGAUUCUGAUGACUGCUAUGAGACGAGGGGCCCGAUGGUCCUCUCAUUCCUAUCAGGAUGACGAUAUGGAUGCACUUUUAAGGAACUUGCAGGACCUUAAAGACAGUCUUAACAAACUAGAGGACUUGAAAUUGGUGGAGCCGAAUUCGUUUCUUACUCCUUUUCUGGAUAUAAUCAGGUCUGAGGACACCUCUGGACCAGUAACUAGCCUUGCACUAUCUGCAAUCAACAAGUUCCUUUCAUAUGGACUGAUAGACCACACACAUUGUGCAAUUGCUCAGACAGUUCACAGCAUAGCUGAUGCAGUUACGAGGGCUAGGUUUGUGGGGACAGACCAGUCAUCUGAUGGGGUUGUAUUGAUGAGAAUUUUACAAGUGCUUAGAACUUUAACACUGGCCCCAGUAGGCAUACAUUUAACCAAUGAGAGCCUGUGUGAAAUUAUGCUAUCUUGUUUCAGAAUCUGCUUUGAAACCAGACUCAAUGAGUUGUUAAGAAAGACAGCAGAGCAUUACUUGAAAGACAUGGUGCAGCUGGUGUUUAUGAGGUUGCCUCAGUUUUCAGAAGAUCCAAGAGCUGUAGGAAUUAAGCAAUUGAAAAUGAGACCAGGAGCAAUAGAUCAAGGAAGAAAUAAGAGGAAACAAAGAGUGCCAUUAAGGAAAAAAGAAAAAUUUCUGGAAAAUGAAAAUGAAGACUCUCCGCCGCUUUCAAAACCGCCAAUGAACAAUUUAAAAGCCAAUCACCUGUCAACGACUCCAAUAACGCCGGCAGGCAACAUCGUGGACAUGCAGGGAUCCAUAUCGCAAAGUACGCCUCAAAACGGCAACGAAACUGAAAACUCACCCUCCAACUUCCCCAGCACAAUGGAUUCGAAUAUUGAAGUCAACGUUCAGAGUCCGACGUCGGUGGAAACUAACGACGAGGAAAAUGGGGAUUCGUUGAAAACUGUUGAAGAAUCGGCACAGGAGGAGCAACAGAAAAUUGAUGGCGAUAAAUCUAACGAAACUAGUCCAGAUGGCCAAUGUUAUUCCAAUUCUGAUGGUCAAGAGUAUGUCAAUCAGAGAGGAAUAAGAUUUACUCCUGAAAUGCAGGAAGAUGUCAGUUUGCUACCUUAUGGUUUAGCUUGCGUCAGGGAAUUGUUAAGGUUCUUGAUAAGUCUGUGCAAUCCAGUGGACAAGCAAAACACAGAAGUAAUGAUUCACGUGGGAUUAACUUUAUUGACUUGCGCAUUUGAAGUAGGCGCGGAUAGUAUUGGAAAGUACUCUACACUUUUGGCCCUUGUCAAGGAUGAUUUGUGCAGAAAUCUAUUCUCACUUUUGAGUACUGAACGAUUGUCAGUUUUUGCAGCGGAUUUGCAAGUCUCUUUUCUGAUGUUCGAAGCAUUGCGCACCCACUUAAAAUUUCAAUUGGAACGCUACCUUACAAAACUCACCGAAAUUAUCCUAAGUGAUUCCGCUAAAAUCUCUUAUGAACACAAAGAAAUCGCCUUAGAUAACAUCCUGCAACUGUGGCGAAUUCCCGGUUUUGUCAACGAAUUGUACUUGAAUUACGAUUGUGACAUGUAUUGUUCGAAUUUGUACGAGGAUUUAACUAAACUAUUGGCGAAAAAUGCCAUAUCCGCGACUGUAGGGGUCUACCAUACGCAUCUAUUAAGUCUGGACGCGUUGUUAACAGUUAUCGAGAGUAUUGAGUUGCAUUGCAGGAAAAGGGAAGAUGAUGGUCCGUUUUUUCAAGGCAAGUGUGGCAGGUUAAAGGUUUCCGAUCGGAUACCUAGUAUAGAUGAGUUACACGCCAAGAAAAACAUCAAAAAGUGGCUGCCACAAGGCACAGAAUAUUUUAAUUCCAAACCAAAGAAAGGUAUACAAUUUUUACAAGAACACGGUGUUCUGAAAUCGGAAUUAGAUGUGCAAGAAAUUGCCCUUUUCCUUCGUGAAAAUCCGGCUUUAGAUAAAAAAACAAUUGGCGAAUAUGUCAGUAACCGCAAUAACUUAAAUAUCCUGGAUGCGUUUGUUAAAACGUUCGAUUUUACCGAUACGAGAAUAGACGAAGCACUGAGGAAUUAUUUGGAGACUUUCAGACUGCCAGGUGAAGCCCCAACUAUAUCGCUCAUAUUGGAACACUUUUCGGAGCAUUGGCAUAAAAGUAAUGGAGAACCAUUCGUGGACGUUGAUGCUGCCUUCACAUUGGCCUAUGCUAUUAUAAUGUUGAAUGUAGAUCAGCAUAAUCAAAAUGCUAAAAAACAAACCGCUCCCAUGACUGCCAGUCAGUUUAAGAAAAACUUAAAAGGCGUUAACGGAGGCGGGGACUUCGACGAGGAAAUGCUCGACGAAAUUUUCACCACCAUCAAGAACGACGAGAUUGUUAUGCCCGCAGAACAAACUGGUUUGGUUAAAGAAAACUAUCUAUGGAAGGUGUUAUUGAAGAAAGGUCAAUCCAAAGAUGGAAUUUACAUACACGUCAGUAGUGGCACGUACGACUCCGAACUCUUCCAAUUAAUUUAUGGGCCGGUCGUUACUGCUCUGUCCUUCCUUUUCGACAAAUCAGAGAUUUUAGGCCUUUAUAAAGGCGUAUUGCAAGGUUUUGAACGUUGCUCUUUCAUUUCAGCUCAUUACGGCUUAACCAAAAAUUUGGACAUGCUGUUGUUAACUCUCUGCAAGUUUACGGUAUUCCAUAAUCAACAACGUCAUAACAACAUCACCGUUCAAUUCGGACUCAACAACAAAGCGCAAUCUGCUCUAAAAACUGUUUUCAAUCUGGUUCAUCAGCACGGCGAUAAUAUUCGUGAGGGUUGGAAGAAUGUUUUCGAUUUGAUUUUAUCGUUGUAUAUGAAUGGCUUGUUACCAAAAUCAUAUGUGGAAGCUGAGGACUUCAUUGAGCCAAGUGGUAAAAUUAAUUUGGUGUAUGAAGAGGUGGAGAGCUUACAGAAACAAGAUACCGGUUUGUUGAGUUCGUUGUAUUCAUACAUGGUGUCGGCCGAGAAUCUGUCGAAAAUUCCAAGUCCAGAAGAACAGCAGUACAUAGAUUUAGCCAAAGAGUGUAUCAAGGAUUGUAACUUGGAACAAUUGAUUACUGAUUCUAAAUUUUUACACGAGGAUGCUCUUCAGGAACUAGUGAAAUCGUUGAUUGAAUUGUCGCGUGGACCGGAUGUUCAAAAAACUUUAGGCUAUAAUUACAACGAAAAUGUAACAGUGUUCUUCUUGGAAUUAUUAGUUAAAAUUGUUAUUCAAAACAGGGAUCGUGUUAUGUCAAUUUGGCAAAUUGUAAGGGAUCAUAUUUAUACAUUGGUGAUGAAUGCCUCAGUUUUCGACUACCAGUAUCUCUUAGAACGGUCUGUAAUCGGCCUGCUUAGAAUCGCGAUCCGAUUGAUGCGUAACGAAGAAAUGUCUCCUAUUGUCCUGCAAUCAUUGCGCAUGUUGUUACUUUUAAAAAGCACGACAAUUUGUCGAAUAUCCAGACAAAUUUCUUUCGGAUUGUACGAGAUGUUGAAAACGUCUGCGCAAAACAUUCACACCAAUACAGAUUGGACGAUUAUUUUUACACUGUUAGAAUGCGUCGGAGCUGGCGCACAACCACCCAAACCAAUAGUCGAGGAAAACCAGCAAGACCAAGGUACAAAAUCAGAUGGCGAGAACCAAGUGAACAGCGACGAAGAAACUGCAACAAUAGACCGAGGAUACACAUCGGAUUCCGAGCUUACCAAAAGUCCCAGACACUCGUUGCCUAGAUCUCAAAGUCCGGUGGUCGUGCCCACUUCCCCCGUUGGCACGCCCAACACUGGAGGUUGGAUUCUAGUGGGCAAUGAGGGCGAGAUACAACCGGUUGUGGGACGUACGGUACCGCCUACCCAAUACGGCCUGUCGUUAGAAAGAAAUCUCGGUCCGCAUGAUCCAAGCAGUUUAAUAAAGUGCUGUGAAAGUCUAGCCUUCUUGGUGCGCGACGUGGCACACAUUACCCCGUAUAACUUCGAUGUUUGUAUCCACUGCAUCAGAACAUUCGUUGAAGCCAGCUUACAUGGAUGCAAACAUAAUAAAAGAACGGCUACCAGAGAGGGCAGACCUCGGAGAAAGAAUCCGAACAGAAAACGACAAGAUCACUAUCGGACUCGCAAAAGUCCAACGAGCAGUCCUGAUGAAGAUGAGGAAAGCGAUGACGAAGAAUUACCAAGCGGAUAUCAUCAAAUAUCAAUACAGUUACUGGAUUUAAUGCACACGUUACAUACGAGAACGGCCCAAAUAUUUAAAUGGUGGGCUGAGGAAGGAGGAGAGGUUGCACAAGAAACAUCACUGUGGACACAGGGAUGGUGUCCUUUGCUCCAAGGCAUUGCCAGACUAUGUUGUGACGUUAGAAAACCUGUACGAAUGAGUGCAAUAACAUAUUUGCAAAGAGCUCUCCUUGUCCACGAUUUGCAAACACUGAGUGGUCCAGAAUGGGAGGCAUGCUUUCACCGAGUUCUUUUUCCACUCUUGCGCUAUUUACUUCAACCGAUUCCGACGAAGGAUCCAGCUGGAGUGGAGGAGACAAGAAUGAGGGCGGCCACAGUCCUCAGCAAAGUAUUCCUCCAUCAUUUGACACCACUUCUAUCUUUGCCAACAUUCUUCAAUCUUUGGAUGAUCAUUUUGGAUUUUAUGGAUAAAUAUAUGCAUGUGGAUAAGAGUGACUUGUUGUAUGAAGCAAUACCGGAAUCGUUGAAGAAUAUGAUGUUGGUGAUGGAUUCUGCUAAGGUGUUUGAUGCGCCAGAAGGUGGCAAGAGCUCGUUAUGGAACGCUACUUGGGAGAAGAUAAAUAUGUUCUUGCCAAACAUGAAGGAUGAUUUGUUCAGAGAAAUUAAUCAAGGACAUGCACUAGAACAGUUUAGAGAAGCUCCAAAGGAAGUGGCAGAAGCUCAAAAACCCGUACAACACAACAUAGAAACUGCCACCAGAACAAGCAUAAUUCUUCAACCUCCUUCCACUGGUCAACAACAAGUGUCUUCUCACUUAUUCGCACAUCUAGGCCAGAUGGUAUCCACACCAAUUGGAUCGACACCACCACCGCCUCCAUCCGCAAUAAACAUCCCGCCGUUAAACAUGACACCGCCCACAAUGAAUAUGGGACCGCCCACUGUUACCGCGAUGCCUUUAGUUCCGAAUCAAACCGCUCCAAUAAUUCAACCGUCUGUUCCUUAUAUGUCUAACUACUACAACAAUACAUCGUCUCAAGGGCACACCUUCCCGGUACUCUACGGAAAUCCCAUGGUGCCUUCGACCACAACAACCGAAGUGCAACCAGUUUCUUUGUACACAGAGUAUAUAGUUAAUCCGUACAAUAGUGCUGGUGCUGAUGGGACGAACAGGGGCGUGCAGGAUGUGGUCAACAAAAACUCUGUUCCCGGAGAUUCAGUUAGUAACAAUAAUGUGUCUCCGCAGCAUUUCUUCCAAUCGUCGAAUUAUUUCCGUGCGCAAAACAGCAACAACUCAAUACCAGUUGGUUCCGAGAUCCUUUUUGGUGUGGAACCCGGCUUAGGUUUAGCACAGAACGUAAACAUUCCUCUCAGCACUAAUACAGAUAACAAAUAGUUUCAGUAUUUGCAUUACACCAGGGUUGUAUAAGUCUAAUGGAUAUGUCCUCAAAUUUUUUUUAGUCAAUUCAUGUGUGGAUAUUAAAACACAUGUCAUAGCGCGUAAGACUAAUAUAUUGUGUAUAUUAAUUGUACUAAUUAUAUUUUAACAUAAAUCCAA